AUGGCGAUGGGGAUGGUGGGAUCCCAAACGAACAAGUACAUACUGCCCUUCCUUCGGGAGCCAUGGAUUUUCUUUGGCUGGGCACAUUAUCCCUCAGGGAUCAAGGUAUCUCAGGUAACCUCUGGGUAUGAGCCGGUGUCCGUUCUUGCGUCGGUGGUGAAUCCGAUGUCUCUUAGACAUCAGGUUCACCGUCGGCGUGGGUUCGUUCUGAGAUUAUACGGCCUUUAA